UGGGCAUUGAAGGAGGAAAGGCUGAUCUCACAUCUGGGCUUGCUACUUUUUCCAAGUCAUGCGCCCGCCCACAAGAGGGUUCAAAAGGCUUGGUUUCCACCUCCGGUGUCGAGUAGCCGCCAUCUUUGUAUCCGUUCAAAUACAAAAAUAAUAUUUAUUUUCAUUCACUAAGGUGAGGAGAAAAUAAUUUGGUAUAGGAACUUAUGUCCGCAGCCUAAGAGCAUUCAUUUGAAGCCUUAUCAAGGUAAGAACUACACAACGUUAACUUGCUUCCAUUCGGGAUUCCGCCUGCAGCUAGCUAGCUAACGUUUGCUGUUAUUAAAGUUAGCCAGGCAUUAGCUAACUAUGUGGAGCACAUCUUAAGUCUGGCUGGCAACGAGACCGAGUACCUCAGUAACGUGGUAGUUUCGAAGUUGGCACAUUGUGAGAAAAUCCAUCCAUCACGCGCACAAAAUGUCGCUGGUGGAUUUGGGGAAGCGGCUACUUGAGGCUGCACGGAAAGGCCAGGACGAUGAAGUCAGGACACUCAUGGCCAAUGGGGCUCCCUUCACCACAGACUGGCUGGGCACAUCUCCGUUGCACCUGGCCGCCCAACACGGACACUAUUCCACCGCCGAGGUGCUGCUCAGAGCAGGUGUCAGCAGGGACGCCCGAACCAAAGUCGACAGGACCCCUCUGCAUAUGGCCGCUUCAGAGGGCCACAACGUCAUCGUGGAUCUAUUAGUCAGGAGUGGAGCAGAUAUUAAUGCCAAAGACAUGCUGAAGAUGACUGCUCUCCACUGGGCCGCCCAGAACGGCCACCAAAGGGUAGCAGAGACGCUCGUCAAACAUGGCGCAGAUGUUCACGCUCUCAGUAAAUUCGAUAAGACUCCAUUCGACAUCGCAGGAGACAUCCAGAAUGCAGACCUUAUGCUCCUACUACAGGAAGGAAUGCAGAACCAGGUGAACAUGAACGCAGAGGCUGGCAUGACGGGGAGCUCGGCCCAGCCUCAGUUUAUCAUCCAGGGCAUCCCAGGGCUCCAGGGGGGCGUGGUCAACCUGGCGGACCUCCUCAACAACGCUGCCAAGGCCAACUCUGGUAGGCUCCAGGGGGGCGUGGUCAACCUGGCCGACCUCCUCAACAACGCUGCCAAGGCAAACUCUGCAGGUGAAUCUGAGGAAGCCAUAGCAGCCAAUUCUUUGGACCCCGGCAGCAUCCAGCACAUGGUGAACGAGCAAGGUCAAAGGGUUAUCACCAUAGUGACCGACCAACACGGCAACCUGCAGACUGGAGGGCUUGGUCAGCCAUUCUUUGUCACCAUGCAGCACGGACAACAGAUGUUGGCGAUGCCAGCCAAUCAGGUGAUAGAGGAGGUGGUUGAUGAGGAACCCCAGCCCCCGCUCUCCCGCAAGAGGAAACUGGAGGCCUCGGCCAACCACAUGGAGUCUGGAGACACGGAGCAGUUACAGAGGCAGCUGCAGGAGGCCAACCGGAAGGCCCAGGAGUACCGGCAGCAGCUGAUGUGCAAGGAGCAGGAAGCAGAGCAGUACCGCAUGAAGCUAGAGGCAAUGUCACACAGCCAUACCAACGGCACCUCGGAGCAGGAGGAGGUGGUUGGGGGUGAUGAGGACGAGGUGCAGGAAGAGUUGAUGCUCCAGGAGGGAGACAUAAUCAUCAAGACGGAGGAGCUGGUGACGCUGGUGGACUCGGCGCCCUCCCACACCGAGGUCAUCUCAUAAUGUCAGACUGAUGUCACUGACUGAAGGAGAAAUGGACACGUGGACUCGCGCAACAGGCCAGCCUGUUGGUGUUUUCAUAGCUCUUUUGUUAAUUAUUUUCCUGCUAUGUUUUGUUUUUGUACUAUAUUUACUUUUUCUGCCGUUUUAUUUUCCUCUAUUUGUGUUUAUAUUUUUUACAAAUAGCGACACGAGGAGCUGAAUAUAUUGAUUGAGGAGCAGGAACGGGACCUGCUCAGCCUGUGACUCAGUAAGCUUGCCUAGCUGAAGAAUGUCUAUGCUCGCUGGGAAAAACGGGGUCUCGGGCACUCUGUCUCAGAUAUCUAUGAUGUCUGACACAUGUCAAUGGUGUGUGUGUGUGUGGGGAAAUAGAUUUUUCAUGGUUCCAACAGCAUGUCCUAAGGUGACCAAGAUGCAAAUCCAAAGUUUAUUAGACACGUCCAUCCAUAGAACCAGAGGACAGGUCUGUGGAGAGAACACUGUUUUGUUCAACUCCUUCAGGUCUCAAAAGUCUCCCUCUGCCUCAGUCUUCCAUCCAUCCAACCACCCACCACGGGCAAUGGGAUUGGUACUUAAGCAUGCCCAUUUCCUAUUUCAAAAUAAUCCUCUUACAUGAGAAAUGACAACGCAUGUAGUUGGCAACAGUCAUUCUCAGCAUGUAUUGGGCUCAUCAUUCACAGUGUAAUAAUGAAUUUUUUCAAAGUUGUGAAUGGCAGUGUUUUGACUUUCAUGGCACCACGUUAAGCUUUGUCCUCUAGUUGUCGUCGGGGCCACUUCCAUAGUGCGGUAGUGAUUGUAGGUUUACUCUUGCACAAGUCACAACACUCCUCCCGCUGAUGUUGAUACAAAGAUGAACUUCCCAUCGUUUUAAUGCCCCCGUGGCUUUAAUCACUAGUAGCCCCACUCCCCAGAGACGGACAGGAAUAAGGGUGUCAGAUUAGGUGACUGUGUCCUUCUGACAAUUACUGCUUCUCAUGUCCCGACACUUGUUUCUAUCACAGUCACUGUUCCGUGACACUUUUUAGUAUUCUCCCAAACUGAAUGAGAAUGUGAUGGACAUACCUUGGACAUCGUCUGGGUUAACAUUUAUCACUCGGGUGAAUGGAACGUAAUCUCUGCACGCUAUUCAGUAAGGGCCAAAUGUAAACUUGAGAUGCCAACCCUGAUUUUAAAAUUGUGCCUAAAUUUUGCAUUGAUGACAUGGGGGGGAUUUCCAUGGAAAUUAAGAUUAUGCUUGUGGAUCUCAAGUUCUGAUAUGUCCAUAGUGUAUCAGAUACUUUUUCCCAGGUGUACGUUUUUCAUUAGACACACUAAAGUUUUUUUUGUUUAUUGAAACAACAAACUCAUAAAAUUAACGAUGUUGAUACACUAUGUACAAAAGUAUGUGCACACCACCUCAAAUGAGUGGAUUUGGCUACUUCAGCCACACCUGUUGCUGACAGGAUAUAACAUUGAGCACACAGACAUGCGGUCUCCAUAGACAAACAUUGGCAGUAGAAUGGCCUUACUGAAGAGCUCAGUGGCUUUCAACGUUUCAAUGUCAUAGAAUGCCAACUUAACAAGUCAGUUCAUCAUUUCUGCCCUGCUAGAGCUGCUCCAGGCAGCUGUAAGUCCUGUUAUUGUGAAGUGAAAAUGUCUAGGAGCAACAACGGCUCAGCCGUGAAGUGGUAGGCCACACAAGCUCAUAGAACGGGAGUGCUGUAGCGCGUAAAAAUCGCCUAUCCUCUCUUGCAGCACUCACUACCAAGUUCCAAACUACCUCUGAAAGCAAUGUCAGCAUAAGAACUGUUCGUCGGUAGCUUCAUGAAAUGGGUUUCCAUGGCUGUGCAGCCACGCACAAGCAAGCCUAGGAUCGCCAAGCAUUGGCUGGAGUGGUGUAAAGCUCGCCGCCUUUGGACUCUGGAGCAGUGGAAAUGCGUUCUUUGGAGUGAUGAGUCACGCUUCACGAUUUGGCAGUCUGGGUUUGGCGGAUGCCAGGAGGACGCUACCUGCCCGACUGCAUAGUGUCAACUGUCAAAUUUGGUGGAGGAGGAAUAAUAGUCUCGGACGGGCUAGGCCCCUUACUUCCAGUGAAGGGAAAUCUUAACGCUACAGCAUACAGUGACAUUCUAGAUGAUUCUGUGUUUCCAACUUUGUAGCAAAGGGGGGGGACCAACUCCAUAUUAAUGCCCAUGAUUUUAGAAUGAGCUGUUUGACGAGCAGGUGUCCACAUACUUUUGGAAGUGUGUGUGUACACACAUUUUUAGCAUUAAAAUGUUUAUGUACUCUGAUCCUUGGUCAGUUUUUGAGAGGAGCGUGCAUCUUCUAUAAUUGAUUUCUCACCAUGGCUAACUGGGUGGAUGAAAUACACCACCCAAUUUUUGGUUUCAGAAUUGAAAUCCCUUCAGAUAACCCCUUUACUUACCAGCCCCAAUACCUCUACUGCCCCUUUUGAAGUUAUUGGAGGAAGAGGCCUGCUGUUUUAGGCCUGCUGUUUUGCUGGAAUACCGUUCCUCUGGCCUAUGGCGCUCUCCACUCACCCAUUGUAAACAAAGACUUGUCUCUUCCUUUGUUCAGAAGUCAAUAUUCUUCAUGACUAAUAGUUAUAUUUUAUAAGCUCUCCGCAAGCCUUUUUCUUAUGUACAUAUAAAAUUGUAUUUUUUUAAGUGUAUCUGAAUGCUAUGGGAUGUAAACUGCCUAUAUAUGAAAUAUAUAAGCACAUCUUUCGUUUAGCAUCUCUUUGCCAUAUUGUAUAGUUGAACAUGUUUAGUAUGCACCAAUUUGAUGAAAUAAUCAUAUUUACCAUGAUUUGAUUGUUGUAGCUUUACCUGUCGUUUCGCAACCGCUCUCACAGUUGCGGCUACUUGACCGAGCCAUGAAUGACUGUGUGUACUUUGAUUGCUUCGAUUAAAAAACGGUGAAAACUGUCUUUAAAAUGUUAGAACCGGUAUCUGCCACAUGCUUUACCGUGUGUGUUGGAUAACCUCAGUCUUCUCAGAGAUGGAGAACUCGUGGCUCAGUACAAUUUCCUCUGUUUUAUGCAUUGUUCCAUAUGUUGACCAGCAGGUGGCACUACACUUUAACGGCUGUUUUGGAUUUGCAAUGUUACACUGCUGCUCAUGGCACUGCAGUGAAUUUCCCUCUUGUGAAGCCUCAAAAUGUUUAAUCAUUGACUUUUAUCAUAAAGCAUCUCACCAAAGCAUAUUAUAGUAGAAUAUACCUGAUCCAGAAUUCUUACUAGAUCUCUCUAUUGGGAUACAGUAUAGCAGUGUUUUAGUGAUAACAGACAUCACAGCAGACCCCAUUUUGAAAUAAACAGAACACUAUUAAGGACUUUCCUCUUGACCAUUUUGAGAAGAUAAGGAACGAUGAUCUUGCCACAAGAAUGGAGUUGUGUAAUGAUUAAUGUACGAUGGUUUUGUAUAAUUGUUUUUCUAUUUCAAGAGAAGUGUAUGGACUAUUUUUAAGCAUCAAAUAAAUGCUAACUCUUAUGAGAA